CGAAUCGAUGCCAGUUUCACCAAUCGCUCUAUGCACCUAGGAGAGCAGCGAGACGAAUCGGCUCCGCUCUGAUGGCGUCGAUGGUGCAUGCCGCUCACCCAUCCUCCUCUUCCCAAAAGGUGCAAUCCUGUCUGCAUUGGCGGCACAUCCAUCGACACGGGCCUCACCGUCAUGUCGGCAAUGAUGAAGUCCUGCGACCGCCUGCGAUGUCUGUCGUGCGACUUCAAGUGCAUUCGAUUUGACGACGCCGUUUGGGACGACGGCUUGGUCAGCUACCUGUUCUUCCGCAACUUCAUGCCAGAUGUCGCAAAGCUUCGGAAAGGGAUCAAGUUUCGAAAAGGUCAUGUCUGCUUCUGCUGCCAGUGUUCAUGGUGCGGGAUCGGCGACGAAGCCAAGGCCCUCUCAUCGGUGGCACAGUUCGAGAAGGCGAAAUGGGUUUGCGGUGGCCAUUGAAAGAUCACUACGCUCUUAUAUUUGGGCCGAACCGGAAUAGAACACUGCUCUUCUUGAUUGCCCAUGACCCAUUGUCAUCCCGAUGGAGAGCUGCGGCAACAGGACAGCAAUGGGUCACAGCGGUAGCUGCUCAGAGCACCUCUAUCUCCACUCACACAUUACAGGCAAUCCAAUAAAAAACGGGACACCCGGG